AUGAAGCCGUCAUACAAGAACAGUGCUGGCUUGGCGAAGUACGAAAAGUCGAUACUGGCGGAGGCUACGGGCACGGUGGAAUGGAGAGCUGUUGAGGUGGAGUUGAGCAACGGCAUGAAAGUUACUGUGCACGUAACCUCCAUAGUAGAAGCAUUGGUGGCGAUGUAUUCGGACAGCGCGAAUAGAGACGGCUUUGUGGUGAAACCGGCUGCAGUCUACACGUCCGACAAGAAGCAGCGGAUAUACGCGGGGCCCGAGACGGGAGAUGGAUGGAUCAAGAUGCAAGAAGAGUGCCCGAGGGGUGGUGUAAUUGCAGCGUGCAUCCUGUACAGCGACGGCACAAACUUGAGCAACGAUGGGCGUGUUACGGGACAUCCGGUCUAUUUCACCCUCGGAAACGUCACGCUCAAGAAUCGUUGGCAGCCACACGGGCAUCGGAUGGUUGCUAUGCUUCCGCCGCUUCCGAACGUGGACUCGAGGACGGACGAGGGGAAGGCGCUUCAUCGGGAGGUAUUCCAACUGGCGUUGGAUGUGGUUCUCAAAGAACUCAAGGAAGCAUCUUACGGUGGCAUUCUAACGAAAGACCCUUUUGGGCAGUCGCAAGUGGUGUUUCCCGCUGUCUACGCAUAUGUGGCCGAUCAUCCGGAAGCUUGCAAGCUGGCGGGGACGUUUGCAAGUCACAAGGUGAUGUUCCCAUGCCACAAGUGUCUCGUGAAACGUGAAGACAUAAGCAACAUGGAGGCGGUGGUCCAAUUUCGCACGGAAGAUGACCAGAGCGAGAAAGUCGAAGCGUUGUUGGCGUUGCCGAGUGGGUCCGAGCGCAACAAGGCAUCAAAAGCAAUCAGAACUCAUCCCAUCAAGGUACGCCUUCAAAAGUCGGAGUUCGACAUCACCAAAGUGCAUUCAUUGGCACACGUGGUGGAGGACAUCAUUCGAUCGGGGGUGCCGAUGCAUUACAGCGCCAACAUGUACGAGUAUCUCCAUCAACCUCUCGUGAAGCGAGCGUACCGUGCAAGCAACAAGAGGGAUCCUAUCCCUCAAAUUGUGAAGCACGAUGUGCGAAUGCACAUGCUACGCGUGCUCCAAGCAUCGGAGGCACCGAGCGAGGAUGGACCAAAGCGAAUGGUUGCACUACAGGAGGCUAUGGAGAGCGGUAGCAACACUCUUGCAGCCACCAGCUUCAGUGUAAGCUGGAAGGAAAGCAUUGAGGAUGGGUGUGACAAGUGGACAGCGCAUGCGCUGGCGGCGCCGGGUGACAUGACCAAGCUCGCGGGGCUGUUGGAAGGCAAGGCCGAGGAAGGCGAGGUACUAAAUGGUACCAUACGCGUGAAGAACGGCAUGGCUAUCCCUGGCGACGAGGAUUUCACCAAGUACUCCAGCCAGACACAUUAUGUGCGAGCGUGCGCGUCUUUCGGCGACAAACCAUGGUUCAACGAUGUAGCAGUGCUUGGUGAAGAGGAGAUUGAGGCUGUAGGAGGCCAGACGACAAGGCGCAAGGUGAUAUGGUAUGAAAGGCUGCUGCUGUUGUUUACCAUCGACGUAUACGCGACAGAGACAAAGGCGUUUUCCAAGCGCGCAUACGCAUUUGUCCGCUAUUUCAGAGCCACUGGUGCGGUGCACGCAUCAAAAUGCCCGGUGUAUGCUUGGGAGGCAGGUGAUAACGAGUACCAACUGCUUGAGCUUGAUAACAUUCUGCGCGUAGCUCAUAUGGUUUCCGUUACGUUGCGCUCGUCAGAUCGUGAUGUUCAUCACCCAGAGGCCAACUCGUACAACCACAUCGACGCUGCUAUACGCGGCGAUCUGCAAGACGUUCGCACUCUGAUGCUGCGAAUUGAAAACCGGCUUCGCGUAUCUGAUGAGAUUCAUCAGACUCUGGCUGCUACUGUGAAGAAUCUUCUCGAGAUUGUGCACCAACCGAGCUGGUGCAACGAGAAAACCAUGGAAGAUGCCUGUAAGAAGGCGUGCGAUGAUUUGCUCAAGGGAUCAGAUGUCUCCCAGCGAGUCAUUUACCCUGACGAAGACCAGUUCAGGGCGGCCGUCGUGGUGCACCUCGCUCUGGAUCCCGAAGACUUCGGGAAAUUUAACGAUUACUGGAAGAAGGGCGAGUGGGCGAAGAAGUGCACCGACAUUUGCAACGGCCGGCGGGGGAAACUCGGGAACAAGUCCCGGAAGGCGAGUUUCAAGCUGUUGAUGUCCCCGACAACAAAGCCGUUAAGGGCUCCGUUGAGGAUCGGCGCGAUUAUGCGCGGUCCUGCGUCUCUGGAGUUUGGCCUGCCGUGGCAUGUUUUUGAGGACAAGCCGUUCUGCAGCGAGGCCUUCUUAGCUGCUGCAAGCAAGUGGCAGAAGAAAGAGGAGGGUGUCUACACCCUGAGCAUUGACCAGCUGUGCUACACCAUGGUCGCGGCUUCCAGCAAAUUGCUGGAAGCCACAUUUCUUCGUGCGAUGACUGCCAGUCCCGCACCAGCCCUGUUAUUACCUAUGACCGUCGACGCGCUUCCGAGUUGCCAAUCCGUGGCGGACGUUCUCACAGCAUGUUCCUGUCGACCAUGCGGAUGCAAUUUCACCAUGUGUCGCACACCCUACGUAAUUAAGGCCUAUCUCGGCGAAACCAGUGCUAUUCGUCGCAUCGCGUUUCUCGACUGCUUCCCUCCGCCAUUCGACCUGGUCGACCUUCGAAUCCGCAAGCACUUCAAAAAACCCGCUGAACAGCGCCUCUCUCUCAAAUACACUGACACGGACGGAGACGUGCUGACGCUUUCCACUGACGAGGAGCUCUAUGACGCGUUUGUUCUUCAGAAGCAGAACCCACUGAUAGUGAGAAUAUAUGACAGUGAUGGCGUGAUAGCCUCUUCUCCCGCCCCUGCUCCUGCCUUUGCUCUCCCUCCCACCGCCGCUCCCUCUCCCACCGCUGCUCCGUCCACUGCUUCUGCUCCCGCCUCUUCUCCUGCUCCCGCCGCUGCCCUCUCUACUGCCGCUGCCCCCUCCACUGCCUCUGCUCCCUCUCUCGCUGCUGCUCCCGCUCCCGCCACUGCCCUCUCUACCGCCUCUGCUCCCCCUCCCACCUCUGCCCCCUCUCCCGCCUUUUCUCCCUCUCACGUUGCUGCUCCCCCUCCCGCCUCUGCUCCCUCUACUGCCUCUGCUCCCUCUCCCGCCGCUGCCCCUUCUACCGCCCCUGCUCCCUCUCUUGCGUCUUCUUUCACUCCCGCCGCUGCUCCCUCUCCCGCCGCUGCUCCCUCUCCCGCCGCUGCCCUCUCUACCGCCUCUGCUCCGGCCUGUGCUCCCUCUCCUACCUCUGCCCCCUCUCUCGCCACUUCUCCCUCACCCACUCCUGCUGCUCGUCCUACUGGUUUUAACGUUUGCGCUCCUGCCGCUCCCGCUGCAGCUUCUGCUCCUGUCUUUGGUUCUUCUUCGUCGGUUUCUCCUGCCAUUGCUCCGGUUUUUGGUGCUUCAACUCCCACUCGUGCUGCUUCUGCUCCUGCCGCGCCUGGUGCUUCAAAACCGGGUUUUAGUUUCGGCGCUUCUGCUCCUUCCGUGCCUGGUGCUUCAACUCUGGUUACUGGUUCCCGUUCUGCUCCUGCCUCUUCUGGUGCUUCAACUCCGGUUUUUGGUUUCGGGUCUGCUCCUGCCGCUCUUGGUGCUUCAACUCCGGCGUUUGGUUUCGCUUCUGCUCCUGCUGCACAUGGUGCUUCAACUCUGGCUUUUAGUUUGGGUUCUGCUUCUGCCGCGCUUGGUGCUUCAACUCCGGCUUUUGGUUUCGGCACUUCUGCUCCCGCCGCUCCUGCCACAGUUGCUGCUGCUCCUGCUUUCGGUACCACUGCUCGUGCUACUUCUUUUGCGGCUGAUCCUGCAUCUAGUAAAACAGUUCAAGGGUUUCACCAGGGGCUUGCCAAUACAUCUAGACGGAAGGCUAGAAGAAUUCCCAGAAAACCGCGAGUUGGCUUUUGA